AUGUUCAGCAUCCACGUGCGCGCCAAGGUGACUCGCCGGUACGCCAGCCAGUGGAUGCAGGAUUUCGUCUACUACCGCCUCGAGCUCUACCGGCUGAUGCAGGGUGGCGCAGAUGCGGACAAUCCCGACCAGCGCAUUCAAGAGGAUGCGGAUGCGUUCAUAUCAGGAUCGAUUCGCCUAGUCACGGGCCUCGUUUCCAACAUGAUCCAGCUGUGCGUGUUCUCGCUCACGGUGUGGAACUUGAGCCCCAAGAAUGCGUUCGGUGUCAAAGGUCUGGAGAUACCGGGCUGGCUUCUCUGGUGCGAGCUCGGCUACGCGGUCCUCUCGACCGCGGUCGUACGCGGGGUGUCCUCCAAGCUCGAGGCGCUUCAGGCAGCGAAUCAGCGUGCAGAAGCAGACUUCCGCUGGGAGCUGACGACCGUCAGAAGGAACUCAGAAGGAAUCGCGCUUGGUAGGGGCGAAAUGGUGCACCAGGAGAGAGGAUCAAUAGUCGUUUCGAUGUCAUUCGGCGAUGUGUCUGGGAGAACAUGA